AGGUUUCGAAUGCGCUGGUGGAUGUACUGCCUCCAGAAGCUGACAGUUCCAUUUCAAUGAUGGGUGGUGAUGAGAAGCCCGAUGUUACAUAUAGUGAUAUUGGUGGUAUGGAUAUGCAGAAACAGGAAAUGAGAGAGGCCGUAGAAUUGCCACUAACGUGUCACGAUCUUUAUAAACAGAUUGGAAUUGACCCGCCACGAGGUGUACUGAUGUAUGGCCCCCCUGGAACGGGAAAGACGAUGCUUGCAAAAGCGGUAGCUAAUCACACCACAGCUUCUUUCAUUCGUGUUGUGGGCUCGGAGUUCGUACAGAAGUACUUGGGAGAAGGUCCUCGUAUGGUCAGAGAUGUAUUCCGGCUCGCGAAGGAAAACUCGCCCGCUAUUAUUUUUAUCGAUGAGAUCGAUGCUAUUGCCACAAAACGUUUCGACGCACAAACUGGAGCAGAUCGAGAGGUACAGCGUAUCCUGUUAGAGUUGCUGAAUCAAAUGGAUGGAUUCGACCGCAACGAUAAUGUCAAGGUCAUCAUGGCUACAAACAGAGCCGACACGCUUGAUCCCGCACUACUUCGACCGGGUCGUUUGGAUCGUAAGAUUGAGUUCCCCUUGCCCGACCGCCGCCAGAAACGUCUGGUCUUCACCACAAUCACUUCUAAAAUGAAUCUGAGCGACGAGGUGGACCUUGAAGACUUCGUUUCUCGCCCUGAUAAGAUCAGCGCAGCCGAUAUCGCGGCGAUUUGUCAAGAGGCCGGAAUGCAGGCCGUGAGAAAAAACAGAUACGUUGUUCUGGCCAAAGACUUCGAGAAGGGUUACAAGUCGAACGUGUCGAAGUCCGAAACCGAGUUUGAAUUUUACAAGUAGACAAGUUAUAGUAUAGACGUAUUCUUAAAUUCACAUCGAAACGCGGGUCGCAAAAUAUUAAAGAUAUUGAAAUCGG